UGAAAGUGAGCUCUUCUGGUCAUCACAUCCACUGACACCAGUAGCGGAGACAUGACUUCUUACACAGAUAAAGGAGAGAAGCCCGAGAGAGGGAAGUUUCUAAACUUUCACCAUAUCAAAUUCUGGGUGGGAAAUGCCAAACAGGCUGCUGUGUUUUACUGCGAUAAGUUUGGAUUUGAGCCGCUGGCCUAUAAAGGCCUGGAGACGGGCAGCAGAGAAAUGGUGUCUCAUGCUGUCAGACAGGAUAAGAUUAUAUUUGUCUUCGAAUCUGCUCUCAACCCUGGAAAUGAAGAAAUGGGCGAGCAUAUGAUAAAACACGGAGACGGAGUCAAAGACGUGGCGUUUCUGGUGGAGGACUGUGACUUUCUAGUCAAGAAAGCUAAAGAGCGCGGUGCAGCAGUGCUGAGAGAGCCGUGGGUGGAGCAGGACGCCGGCGGCAGAGUCAAAUACGCCAUCGUUCAGACUUAUGGAGACACGACACACACGUUUGUGGAGUACAUGGGGCCGUAUAAAGGCCUGUUUCUGCCAGGAUACAAAGAGCCGCUGUUCAGAGACCCUCUCUUACCAAAACUGCCGUCGGGACAUUUAAGCUUCAUCGAUCACAUUGUGGGAAACCAGCCAGAUGAUGAAAUGGUGCCCGUUUCGGACUGGUAUCAGAAGUGUCUGCUGUUCCACCGGUUCUGGUCUAUCGAUGAUAAGCAGAUCCACACAGAGUACAGUGCGCUUCGCUCAAUCGUCGUCACUAAUUAUGAAGAAACCAUCAAGAUGCCCAUUAAUGAACCUGCCCUGGGCAAGAAGAAAUCACAGAUCCAGGAGUACAUUGAUUAUAAUGGAGGUCCUGGAGUGCAGCAUAUAGCGCUGAACACCUCCAACAUCAUCCAGGCUAUUGUGAAUCUUCGCGCUCGAGGGCUGGAGUUUCUGUCCGCUCCUGAUAACUAUUAUGAAAGUCUGAGAGAGAAACUGAAGACGGCAAAAAUCAAGGUGAAGGAGGACCUGAAGACCCUGCAGGAGUUAAAAAUCUUAGUAGACUUUGACGAUAAAGGAUACCUGCUGCAGAUCUUCACCAAACCGGUGCAGGACAGACCCACGCUUUUCCUGGAGGUCAUUCAGAGGAACAACCACUUUGGUUUUGGAGCCGGAAACUUUAAGUCCCUGUUUGAGGCCAUUGAGAAAGACCAGGACGCCAGAGGAAACCUGACCGUCCUCACAGCGCAGAACCAGAGCGUCCCUAAGGCCUUUCAAUAAACACACACAUGCGCACACGCACCCACGCACGUACACAUACACACCCACGCACAUGAACACACAUACGCACGCAACCGCGUUAUACACACACGCACAUGUACACACACGUUGACAUCCAUGUACAUAGCCACGCACACACAUAUGCACACAAGCACACACGUACACAUACACGCACACAUACGCACAUUUUUACACCCACGCAUGCAAACCCAAACACGUACACACACACAAGCAUGCGUACACAUGCACACACCCACGUACACACGCACACACAUGCAAACAUACAUGCGCACACACGCUCAUACACACAUGCAUGCACACGUACGCAUACACACACACAAUGGCAGACUCAAUGGCGAGGACGAUAAUAAAGACAGCUCAUACAGGAAAUGAA